GACUCCAGCGAUGAUCGGUUGCUCCUUUGUCGUGAACAGGAAGUUCUUUGGAGAGAUCGGUUUACUCGAUCCGGGAAUGGAUGUAUACGGUGCAGAGAACAUAGAACUUGGAAUCAAGGUCUGGCUGUGUGGCGGAAGCAUGGAGGUGCUUCCUUGCUCCCGAGUUGCUCACAUUGAGCGGAGGAAGAAGCCGUACCACAACAACAUCGGGUACUUUGCACGGAGGAACUCUCUGCGAGUCGCCGAGGUCUGGAUGGACGACUACAAAUCUCAUGUUUACAUGGCAUGGAACAUUCCAAUGCAG